CAGCACAAUACUUAUUCCCGGCAGCAUUGUCGUUCCUAGACACAACCGCUCAAAUGCACAUGUGCAGACCAUGACGAAUUUUCCAAUCGUUAAUCACCGGCAACGAGCCGUCAUUUCUGCAGCCAUAAUCUUCAGCAUCGUACCAACUGCAGCCGUCUUCCUCCGUGUCCUCGCCCGCCGCAUUGCCGCUCGGAAUCUGAAUCUAAGCGACUACUGCGCAAUUGCCGCUGUGGUCCUGGCAGUAGCCCUCGAAGCUAUCAACAUUACAGCCGUGGUCCACGGCGGCCUGGCCUGGGGGCAUGCCUCAGACAUAGUGGCACAUUUCGGCAGCAGCUCCGUGGUCGUGUUGCUCAAGCUUAUCAUUCCACUGCACUUGCUGUGGGCGCUGAGUCUCGGAUUUUCCAAGGCAUCUAUCCUGCUUCUGUACUCGCAAUUAUUCAACACAGACCACUAUGUCAUAAUCGCAGCAAGGGCCACCAUCGGGAUCACUGUGGUGUGGGCCAUGGGGACGAUUUUGGCAGGGUGUCUGGUCUGCCAGCCCCUUCCGAUACUCUGGAAUACAGUCUCUGGUGGCCACUGCGGAGACCAAAUCCUCUCCUUCGUCAUCAGCGGAGCGAUCAACUUGGCCACAAAUGUUAUCGUCAUUGUUCUUCCGUUACCAGCACUGCUUAAGCUGCGCAUGGGAAAAUACAAGAAAGUUAUUUUGGCUUCCGUAUUCAGUCUGGGUAUCCUCACCUGCGUCACCGGCGUCGUCCGCAUAGUCUGCCUGACUCAGAUGGACUUCACCGAUAUUCCCUACAGUAUGACAUUAGCCAAUAUAUUCGGUGGCCUCGAGGCUAGCAUGGCGGUCACUUUGGCUUGCAUUCCUCUCUUCAGGCCACUGGUAGGCCGUUGCAAGUACAGGACCGGACGGGACCCCGGGCUCAGGGCUCCGAGAAGGGAGCAAAUUGAGCCCCUUGGCGACGACGCUGGCGGCGAUCAGCUCCAUCUCCGCCCUUUGAGUUUCAAGCAUCAGGCUGAAGUCUCCGCUGUCUCAACAGGGAACAGCAGCGAGAAUAGAGACGUCGAAAAUCCUGAGACCAAGUUCUCCGCAAAUUUUACGCCAGGAAUUAUCGUCUCUAGGGAGUGGGAGGUGACGAGGUGAAACCGUGGCUAGUCAAAUCCAGUUCAAUUCAAAUUGGCCUUUUAUGGCUCGAAAACACUGUGGUGUUCCUUUCAUCCUGCGUGAGCAUGGUACCUUAUGCCAUGAGCAAGGGCUAGCACAGCACUUGUUACAACCUCCUGCAGGGUAACAAAACGAUGCUCAGGGCAAGUGGCCCUGCAAAAGAAAACGCCCAACUCCGUUCAAAUGCGAUAUCAACGUGCUCUACACCUCCGCCACUUGCCCAUUGUGCACCGACCCAUUUUGAAUGUCCUUUGUUCCUAUUACGACCAACAUGUCAGUGGUUGUUCAAAGCGCUGAGAAAGCAGAGCCAGUAUAUGUCAUGGAGGUUACUCACCAAACCUGGCAGGAUACUGCGG